UAAUCGGAUCCUCGAAUUCUCGUAUGACCCGAAUCCACCUGAUUUUUUUUUGAAGCACUGCUGUUCCACUUGCCCAUGGUGAUUUCAAACCCAAAAUACUCCUCUUUUAGACUUACCUUGCUACUGGUAGCAGCAGUUUCCACACUUGGCAUCGCCAUCGCGUAACUCGGGGCCGCAUAGCUGCCUUUACGUGGCGCUCGUAGGCUUGUCGCUGCCAUUGCAAUCCGGCGAAUCGACCCGAAUAUUUUUACUUGAGCAACACGACUCGUUUGAUUCUUUUUAUUGCCUUUGACGCCUAAAUAUUUCAACAAAUUUUCCUUUAAAUUGCCUUCAGAGUUGGUUCAAGGAUUAAUUUUACAUAACAUUUUCAGCUCCAAAAUGGGAAGAUUCAACUGGCUAAGGCUAUGUCGACCGCAUUGGGCUUCAACCAUGCCUGUGGAAUCGGCGAUUGAUGGAGGCGGUGGGGUUACGAAAUUUUCUACUCUAUUCCAAUCGCUAAAUCGUGAAAGGGCAUUACACAGUUGCAGUUUUGGUAUUGGAAAACCUGUUGAUUUUACGGCCACAGGAAUGCCAUUGAGGGAGCGUUAUUUCCAUGCAACAGGGUCAUGUUGCUCUGCUAAACAAGACUACUAUGAAAUUAUUGGAGUGCCCAAAAAUGCUACUCGAGAUGAGAUUAAACAGGCUUAUCGUGCGCUUGCCAAGAAGUACCAUCCUGAUGCAAAUAAGAAUAAUCCUUCUGCAAAGAGGAAGUUUCAAGAGAUAACAGAUGCCUAUAAGACUUUGCAAGAUUCAGAAAAGAGGAGAGAAUAUGACAGGAAGAUGCGUGCUAGAAGUUCAGAAGACAUGGAAUAUGGUGCAAAUGAUGCUGAAGGGUUUAGAUUCUACGAUGCGAGUGGUGCACAAGGGUUUAAAUAUACUUAUGGAACAAACUUCUCUGAUUCAUUCUGUAAGAUAUUUUCUGAGAUAUUUGAAGACGAGAUGGAUCAAUUUGCACCAGAUAUCCAGACAAAGCUGUUGCUCUCUUUUUCUGAAGCUGCUAAAGGAUGCACAAAGGAUCUAAGUUUUGACGCAUUUGUUCCUUGUGAUUCUUGCGAUGGGCGUGGCUACCCACCUAAUGCCAAAGUGAAAGUUUGUCCAACUUGCAGAGGCACAGGGACAGUUGCAAUUCCUCCUUUUACAUCAACAUGCAACACCUGUAAAGGAUCAGGACGAAUAAUCAAGGAACACUGUAUGUCAUGCCAAGGAUCAGGAGUUGUUGAAGGUGUUAAAGAAGUAAAAGUUACAAUACCUGCAGGUGUGGAUUCUGGAGAUACAAUACGUGUUCCAGAAGCUGGUAAUAUUAGGCGACGAGGAAGCCAACCUGGUAACUUGUUCAUUAGAAUAAAGGUCGCAGAAGAUCCUGUCUUUGUUAGAGAUGGUGCAGAUGUUUAUGUCAACUCUAAUAUUAGCUUUACUCAAGCAAUUCUUGGUGGUACAGUUGAGGUGCCAACACUGUCGGGGAAGAUUCAAGUAAAAAUACCAAAAGGAUGUCAACAUGGAGAACUUCUUGUUCUAAGAGACAAAGGACUGCCAAAGCAUGGUUUUCUAGUACACCAUGGAGAUCAGUAUGUGCGUUUCCGUGUUUAUUUGCCUACUGCAAUAAAUGACCGGCAACGAGCUAUUUUAGAAGAACUUGCAGGGGAGGAAACUAAUAAUGAAAAUGACAGUACUGUUGAAGGCAACUGGUGGGAGACAAUUCUUGAACGUGUGACGGCUCCUAAGUUUAUGAUUGAGUUUUCUCUGCUCUUGCUAAUCCUGCUCUUCCUAAAAAGGGCAAUGGGCUAAACUUGACUCGAGGCAAUGAACAAGAUAUGCCCCAUGGAGGACAUAAGAAAUGGGCCCCUUUUUUUGGGGCUUGUUCUGUUUUUAGAGGGUUCAAUGCUCUUGCAAGGUUACCCAUUAUUGGGGCAUCAAAAGAGGGCAUGCUUUUUCCUCACCUUUGGUCCUAUCAUAGAGCUCUAGCUGUUUGCACAUAGAGUUGUUGUAUAGCAUUUGCUUUUUUACUAUAAAGUAAACAAAAAGAUACAUUCAUUUCUAUUUUCGUAUUAUUAUUUUGUUUUUCCAAAAUUUCUUCUUAUUACGUUAUUAGUUUAAUAGUUUCUCAAAAACGGUUUUUGUAUCUAUUUGAAUUUAUUUAUUUUUGGUGAUAAGGAAUUUUUGGGUUUUA